GACGAUCCAAAAUCCUAAAAGGCUUUCCCGAACGAUUUGCAAUUUGAUUGUUUUACACUAUGGUCCUCAACGUCAUCGAGCCGACCCAUACGCGGUACAUUCUGGCCGCAGAGGAUUUGGAGAAUUUUUUGAAAGGAAAGUUCGGCGACGAGCAUCCGAACUACGAUUUCAAAGUCGAGCAUGUAACUGAUAGGUGGACCUUCGAAGCACCUGAGAAAGUAGACUCGAAGGAAAUACUGAACCUCAUUGACGAGAUCGAAGCAAGAGGGUAAGAGCUGAUGGGUGGCGGGUCAAAGAUUUGCGAUUGUAUGAGGAUCUGCGAUGAUGCCUGUAAAUCUAGUUGACCAAUUGGUUGUUGCAGCGCUGAGACGGCGUGUGAUGGGCCGAUAAGAGUAUACUUGUUAGCGAAGCAGGAACUACGUAUUCGGCUGAGCUGCGCCCACCAUCUGCAUGAACUUCAUGUGCAGCUGAGCUGCAUCCGUAAUUCGUGAGACGGAGUUCGCCGAUAGGGUGGGCUGUCGUGUGACGAUCAUGCUGCGCCCAAGCUGAAAUCAAGAUUUUGGCCGCAGCAUUGCUGUGCCUUUUUUCUUGACCGGUUCCAGUGCGCUAUGCGAAGAGGAAAAUCGGACUAUAUACAAAGGACUGAAUGACGCAGCGAUCAUUUGAGGCUA